GCUCACUUCGCAGGGGGACACAGGUAAAGAGGGACUUCGUCGACUACAUUCACGGCAGUGUAUAUUGGACAAUGCUCGCAGAAGCUGUUUUGUGAAUCCUCUAUAUCGGCGGUGCAACUCCACGAUAACACCACAGAAAAGUUGAGCACUUGGAUCGGACCAGAGAUCGUCGCGGCGAAUUGUCUGGUUGCUUGCGUCCCGGCUACUGGUGUCUGUUACAUUAUCAGAUAUUUCAGAUACCAUAUGUACGCGUCCUCCACCGAGGUUAUCCACUUCCAACCUGAAUAGUCCGAAUCAAAGGCCACGUGGGUGAAGCAUGUCUUCGACCGCCAAUACCUAUAUGGCAUGAGUUUUGGCGUAUAGAGGCAGCGGGCUAGGUGUGAAAUGGUGCGAUCUAUGGUCAAGGUACUAGUAAUGAGCGGGUCGGCUGCCCUGGUCGAGCCUUGCCGCUAACCAUAAUGCAUAUAUCCCGGUGAGCACGCCCGCCAAAAAUGGUAUACGAUUGGUGUAUACCUCGCCUACAGUACUGAAAACCGCCGGAGAAGACUUCGGCACAGAACCGUGUUAUCGAUACCUAGGUAGACAACUAGACGAUAUGGAUACCACUGCGUCGGCGGACCAGCUCUCAAGCUGCAACGCCGGUGGAAAUCGUGCAGAAAAAAGUGUAUAUAUAUAAGUUGACACACUCUGGCUUCGGGUUCUCGUGCUAUUCUUCCAGGACGGAAAGACGAUUGACAUCUACCGGAGGGAAAAUAUAAGGUAACCCAGCUUACCCAACAGCAAAAUGGUUCGAUUGGCAGCCACUCUCGUGCUCGGCAGUGCAGUAACUGCGCUCGCAACAGCACCUUCAUAUAUCCAGUAUUCCACAGUGACGGGCUAUUUCCUGCAGGACGACAAUGCCACCAACGCAACCACUUUUGACUAUACCACCACCAACUUCGGUCUCAUCAACCAGAGCUACCCGACCGAUUCAAAAGAUUCAGCUUCCCUGACUCAAUGGCAAAGAUUUGCCCAGCUCAUCGACUCGCUGAAUGCCAAAGCGGCCAAAAACGUCGAUUACAAGUUGCUUUUCAUGGGCCGCCAUGGAGAAGGAUGGCACAACGCCGCCGAAACCUUUUACGGCACGCCCGCCUGGAACUGCUACUGGUCUCUCCUCGAGGGCAACGGAACAGCCACUUGGUCAGACGCACAGCUGACCAAAAACGGCAUUGCCCAGGCCCUGAAGGCCAACUCGUUCUGGCGCUCUCGCAUCGAGCAGGAAAGGAUCCCCGUGCCCCAGAGCUACUACGUCUCGCCGUUGACUCGCUGCCUGGUCACCGCCAAUCUCACCUUCUCAAACCUCUCACUGCCGGCCAAGUAUCCUUUCAACCCGACAAUCAAGGAAAAGCUGCGAGAAGGCAUCUCGGAGCACACGUGUGACAGACGCAGCAACAAGACUCACAUCCACGAUUCGUUCCCCGAUUACAAGUUCGAGUGUGGCUUUGCCGAGAACGACACUCUCUGGACCGGCGUGACGUCCGAGACUUCGUCGGCGCAGGAUCUGCGCUCGAAGCAGUUACUCGAUGAUAUCUUUGCCUCGGACCGCUCGACAUAUAUCAGCUUCACCUCGCACUCGGGCGAAAUAGCUUCAAUCCUGCGCGUGCUCGGCCAUCGAACUUUCCCACUCAGCACCGGUGCCGUCAUUCCCGUCCUGGUCAAGGCCGAGAUCAUCGAGCCAAGUGCUGCAACCACCACCAUCUCUGCUGCGUCGUGGACUCCUAGCCCGCAUUGCACGGUGCCCCCUGUGUCCAGUAUCAGUGGUGGUGCGUGUGUCUGCCCGAAAAGUGCGGCGCCCGUGGUGACCGCUUUAUCGCCGACGCCGGCAUGAGGGGCUGGUCAGCAGCCUGCAACAAUAUAUUGAUAGAAGGCUCAGUAAGCAGCCAUGAUAAUAUUCAUAUUGACACCCGUUCAGGGCGUCUCAGGCAAAUGUGAUUUCAUGCAGAUGAGCUGAUCAUAACAAUGUCGUG